AUGUAUCAUAGAACCUGCUCUUCAUCCAGAGGUCUCACCAUAUCAUCAGCCCAGCUGGUUUCUGGGGCAAGGCCGAAAUCGUUUUACCCGACCCCACGGCCAGCGAUGAUCAAGAAAUCCAGUGGAAUCCUCCUCUCGCGACCUUUUUUUAGUCUGCCUUCCUUUCCUCCCUCCAAACCAACCGAGAGCGAAUUGCCCAACGUGGAGGACUUUUGCGCCAAGGACAGAUUGUUCUCUAAGAAAGGAGACUUACUGGUUUAUAAGGAAACCAAGCGACUUCCCUACACCAAAGAGCAGCUCUACCGCGUGAUCGCAGAUGUGGAGGCCUAUCCCCAGUUUGUACCUUUCUGUACGGGAUCUAACGUAUAUUCGGUCGAAACAAUUGGCGAGUCUUCAUCUCCAGAGCGUCCAAAAGACAAUCGAGCGAAACCCUGGCUAGACGGCGGCUAUUCUGGCGAAACACAUUUGCUCCAAAAAGAACUUUCAGUUGGCUUCAAAGGAUUUGACGAGAAAUAUAUUAGUCAUGUUGAGUGCCGAAAAUGGGACACGGUUAAGGCAACCGCAAGUAAUUCCAAACUUUUCAAGCAUUUGACUUCGACUUGGACAUUCAAAAGCCCCGUUCAUGCUACCAUCAGUGAGCUGUUCUGGAAAGCCGUCAGCGAACGCAUGGUGUCUUCAUUUGAAGCCAGAGUCCGAGAAGUCCAUGGUAGGCCAACUCAAAAAAGUUGA